UCAUCUCCUCUCUCUCACAUUUGCUUCCUCAGUACGACUCUUUUACACACACAUCACACACUGAACACCCCAAGAAACACCUGGAACGAUUUCACUUAUACAGACAAACUGAUCACAGAAAAGCUCUUUAUAUAUAUGAAAAAAAGGACAAAAGAAUGGUGAAUUUUCAUCGGGGAUUUUUUGCAUUAACCACCUUCAUUGUUUUGGUUUGUGGGGCUUCGAAAAACCUUCCGAUUCUUUCAUUUGAUGAAGGGUACUCUCAGCUUUUUGGUGAUGAUAAUCUUAUGGUCGUUAAAGAUGGAAAAUCAGUUCAUCUUACUUUAGAUGAAAGAACAGGUUCUGGAUUUGUGUCACAAGACAUUUAUUCACAGGGAUUCUUCAGUGCUUCUAUUAAGCUUCCAGCAGCUUACACGGCUGGCGUUGUUGUAGCAUUUUAUGUAAGUUUUUCCUUGAUCAAGCUGAAGAAUCCCACAUAA